AAAGGAAGCGAAAUCGCCGAGAUGAACGAGGCGAUUAUAGAUAAAAAGCGGCCGCUCUUAGCGGGACCAGCAGAGACAGCGCCCUCCUCUCUCUCCUCUCCCUCGGCGUCGCCGCCGCUGAUUGCGGCCUAGUAGCAGUUAGCUUUGCCGUGCCACUGCUCAUCGCGGGCUCCGCCUCCGCCGAAGCCCGCGCGCGAUCGGGGGACCGCGCGCCGGAGGGAGGUCCCGCUGCCGCUGCCGCGCGCGCGCGCGCCGUAGCGUGAACUGGGAGAAGGGGGAAGCGGGGGGUGGUGAGGCGGGAGGCGCCAUGGAAGCGUCCGCCGCGGCGAAGCUGGAGGCCGCGGAGAGGGUGGUGAUGCGGUGGGACUCCACGGCGUCGGCGGCGUCCUCGGCCGCCGGGGACGAGCAGGCGAUGCUGUUCGACGGCGCCGGCGACCGCGCGGAGGCGGAGCGGUUCCUGCGGGCGGUGGACGAUAUCCGCCGCCUGGCGCCGCCGCAGUCGGCGGGCUGCGCCUGCGCCGCCGUGCAGGUCGCGAUGGCGCGCCUCGAGGACGAGCUCCGCCACGUACUCGCGGCGCGCGCGCUCGACCUCGAAAUCGAGGCGCUCGCCGGCCUUACCUCGCUCUCCAUGUCCGGCGACCGGAGGAACUCCGACGCCACGGAGGUGGCGGCGGCGGCGGGGGACGACGACGACGGUGGCGGCGGUUCCGUGUCGUCCUCCGUCGGCCGCCGCAGCAGCUACCGCUCCCUGCCGAGCAUCCGCGAGAUCGACCUGUUCCCCGCGGACGCCAUCUCCGACCUCCACGCCAUCGCCUCCCGCAUGGCCGAGGCGGGGUUCGGCCGCGAGUGCGUCCAGGUGUACGCCUCCGUCCGCAAGCCGGCCGUCGACUCCGCCCUCCGCCGCCUCGGCGUUGAGAAGCUCAGCAUCGGAGACGUCCAGCGGCUCGAGUGGGACGCGCUCGAGGCCAAGAUCCGCCGCUGGAUCCGCGCCGCCUGCGCCGCCGUCCGCGGCGUCUUCGCCAGCGAGCGCCGCCUCUGCUUCCACAUCUUCCACGACCUCCCGCUCUGCAGUUCCACCGCCACCUCCGCGGGUACAGCCACCCACGACGCGCCUUUCGCCGAGGCCGUCAAAGGCGCGGCGCUGCAGCUCUUCGGCUUCGCCGAGGCCAUCAGCAUCGGGCGCCGCUCCCCCGAGAAGCUGUUCAAGAUCAUCGACCUGCACGACGCUCUCUCCGACCUGUUGCCUGACAUCUCUGACAUCUUUGCAGCCUCCAAGGCCGCGGAAUCGAUAUACGUGCAGGCUGCUGAGAUCAGGUCGCGGCUGGCAGACGCCGUGCGCGGUAUACUCUCGGAGUUUGAGAACGCGGUGCUCCGCGACCCGUCCAAGACUCCGGUGCCAGGCGGUACCAUCCACCCGCUCACUCGCUAUGUUAUGAAUUACAGCAGCCUCAUUUCGGACUACAAGACCACGCUCUCUGAGCUGAUCAUCUCGCGGCCAUCAGCUAGCUCCAGGAUUGCUACUGAGGGCAAUGAGGCAGCACCGGCCUUCCCUGAUCUUGACCUGCCUGAUCCUGACAGCCAGUUGCCCCUUGCUGCUCAUCUUAUCUGGAUUAUUGUUGUUCUUGAACACAACCUUGAGAGCAAGGCAUCACUCUACAAGGAUGCCGCACUGUCUCAUUUGUUCCUCAUGAACAAUGUGCACUAUAUCGUGCACAAGGUAAAGGAUUCAGCUGAGCUUCGGGGGCUAAUUGGGGAUGAGUAUUUGAGGCGACUCACAGGGAAGUUCCGGCAGGCAGCCACAAGCUACCAGCGAACUGCAUGGUUGAAGAUCCUGAAUUGUCUCAGGGAUGAGGGCCUCCAUGUUAGUGGUGGCUUUUCGUCUGGGAUAUCCAAAUCGGCACUAAGGGAGCGAUUCAAAGCAUUCAAUGCUGCAUUUGAGGAAGCACACAGGAUCCAGUCCACCUGGUAUGUGCCAGACACACAGCUGAGAGAAGAGCUUAGGAUCUCAAUUUCAGAGAAGCUGCUCCCAGCAUAUCGAUCCUUCCUUGGAAGGUUUCGCCAUCACAUAGAGAACGGCAGGCACCCAGAGUUGUACAUCAAGUACUCAGUUGAGGAUCUUGAGAUAGCAAUGGCAGAUUUCUUUGAGGGAGCUCCACCAUCGCCACAUAACAGGAGGAGAUCUCACGGAUGAAAGAUGGCUUCAAAAAGCUGAGCGUUCAUACCAUGUAUUCUUUAAUUCUUUUGGGGGGAAGGCCAGCCAAGUGCAGUUGGAUCUUUUGUUUUGUUCUCCUGAGACUCAGGGCUAUAGUUGGUGAUGAUUUCUUCGACUAGAGGUCGUUGGUUGUCUCACAUGGGCUACAAUGCCGCUAUGUAAGGGUGGGGCAGGGGUUCGGGGGUUUUCUCGACCUGCGUGAGAGGUCUUCUUCUUCUUCUUAGCAAAGCAAAAUGCCUGGGGGCUGUCUUACCCCCGCGGUCGAGUUUUUCCGUUUCCGUUCUGUUUUUCCUUUGGGGCAAGAUACGCACUCUCAUGAUACUCAUCGUGUUUCUGAGUUGUAUACUCUUCAUAGUUCAUACUACUUUACUUUA